GAGCAUUUUGAGACAUAGCCUCGACUACCAUGUUAACGUUGGAGAUAAGAAAUUGAAUACGUGACUGCAUACAUAUAUUACACUGAUAACGAUACUUGUUUUCUAUGAUAGCUAAAAUGGAGGAAAUACGCCAAAAUAUCAAGUGUAAAGAUUACAUUGCAGUUUUAUAUGGAUUUGUACAUACGGGUAGAAAAACGGAAUCUUACACACGAGAAAGACUUCGUUUACUACAUCAAAAGAUAUACAGAUUGUUGGCAGGUCUUCCACGUUGUCAUGCAAAGUGCAGCUCUCUCCAUAAGUUACAAUUUAACAGAUGGUGUGAAACUUGCUCAAAGUGGAAAAAAGAACUGUCGGGGGUAAAUAGAUCAAGGAGUGUAAAUUGGGAGAAAACGGAAUCAUGGAAAUGGCCUGACUCUUAUGAAAGCAUUGUCGAAGUAUUCCUGCCGGGUGACUGGACAAAAAGCAAUCCCAUACAGUUUUCAGAUAUAUCAACACAGUGUCAUAUUUGGCUGCAAUGUAGGGAAUUUCACCUGAAUAAAACAAUAGUUAAAAACGUUAGAGCUGCAAGAAAUGAAACAUAUCAUAAUAUUAGUUUUGAAGCCACUGAUAUUGAAAAGGCCAAAGCUUUUGAUGCUUUAAAAGAUUUGAUAAAAGAUAAAGACAUCGCAAACGACAUUAAUGUGAAUGAAUAUUUAAGCAAACUGGAUGAUAUUUAUGUGGAUGAUUUAUUCUAUUCCAUUGACAAAUCUGUACUUGAGGAAAUAACAGCUGUAUAUCAUGAAAAUCAAAGAUCAUUAGAACACACAUUAAGUGAAAUAUGUGACCACUUAGAAUCUAUAGAGGUGGAAAACAGAUAUUCUGGUACGGUGUUAGACAGACUUUCAAGGAAUUUUAAAAAAAAAGAUUCGAAGAGAAGGAAAACAACACCUUUUACAACUCUUGCGCUUACGUUUGCAUUUUUAGGAUGUGUAUGGUAUUAUUUUGUACCAAACCACGUAUCGUUGAAAGAGUAUCAUUCUCAAGGUCUAGACGGAUGUGUCUAUGAAAACUAUACUUUGCCUUGGAUGCAAGAUUUACCAUUAAUAGAGUACGUACGAGACACUAACACUUUAGUUGGGAGACAUUGGCUGUUUAAAAUGUUAGAUAGAAAACUUUUACAAGACGAAUCAUCUGGACGCGGAAUAGUCUCUGUUGCAGAAUUCGGGUACGGAAAGUCGGCCAUAGUUUCCCAUUUGCUAUGCGCCAGACAUGGUGAAAAGGGCAGAACUUUAAGGGAACACAUAGCUGCGUUUCACAUAUGUAAAUACGAUGUUUCUAGCACGCAGUCACCCGAGAGGUUUAUCAGGCGUUUAGUAGGGUUAUUUGCAAUGAGACUACCGGAAUACGGCAAUAUUGUUUCCAUGAUGUCCAGUUCCUCUAUUUUAUAUGACAAGGAAAAAUGUGCUAAGGAACAAGAUGCGUGCUUUGAUCAGGCGUUUAGAAUUCCAUUUAAAAAUAUGACAUCAGAAUAUUCUACAAUGAUUGUGGUAAUAGACGCUCUUGAUGAAUGUUUUCACUUAACAAAAAACGAAAAUUUUAUUUUGAAUUUGAUAUCGACACGACUACGAUAUUUUCCAAAGUGGGUCAAAUUUCUCAUAACAAGUAGAGACAUAAUGCAACUGAAAGAGAAGGAAGUUCUACAUAAUCUAAUAAGUAAGACUGAGUCUGAAGAAGCGCUUGAUUUACUUCUAUUUCAUCAUUCCAAAGUUGAUAUAACAGAUGAAAAUGGAGUAAGUCCGGCAUUUCUCGCAGCAGCGAAAGGGCAUCUUAAACAGCUAAAAUUGUUGCUGCGGAAAGGUGCAAACUGUGAUUUUGCAGUGAAUCCUUGUAGGAAAACUGCUGAAAGGGAAUUAGGUAAAAUAAUGAAAUCGUGUAACUGCGACGCCUCGCCUUUAGACAAUCUGAUAAAACCUUUAGACACAUGGUGGAUUGUCUUUCGAGAAACCUCACUUCAUUAUGCGAUUCGGUCUGGGGACUCACACAUCGCAGAAUAUAUUGCAAAAAAGACGAAGCGUUUAGCAGAGUGUGUUGAUUCGUAUGGUUAUACACCUUUCUUACUUGCGAUCAAGCAUGGAAGAUACCAGCUUACUAAUGGCAUGAAAAAAAGAGCAAAUAUAGAUAUCUGCUCUUCCUCUGCUUCAUUUUUAUCUCGUCAAGACAUCGCCGGUUCCGGUACUAUAAUUGAUGAGAAGAGGGAAGAUAUUUGUCAAGAAGGUGCAACAUUUGCCCAUUUAAUUGCUAAAUACAAUCGGGUUAAAAUGAUUGACCUUUUUGAAAAUGACGUCACUCUGAAAUGGAAUAUAGCAGAUAGUUCUGGCAAUAAGCCUAUACACUAUGCAGCUAGUCACAGUAGUACGGAUUUCAUCAAGUUCAUGUCCUUGAAAUUCGGAAGGACUGCUUUUGAGGAAGAGUCAAAAAAUAAAUCAACGGCGUAUCAUUCUGCAGCAAUAAGCUGUUCAGAGGCGAGUUUAAGGGCACUUACUAAUGCAUUUAGUGAUAAUUUAAUAGAUUUCAAAGAUAAUUGCAAUAGGAGCGCCUGUAAAGGCCCAUAA